CGCGUCAGCGCUUCCAUUUUUCCAAAUUGCUAAACGCAUAUGUAGCGUAUUUGAAAAUAAACAAACAAGUUGUACGAAUUUUUAUCUUCUUAAAUCACAAGAGGCUGACAUGCGUCCAAAAAAAUAUCUAUGCUAAUACGAGGGUGAAUAGCUCAAUACACCGGGUAAUUAAUAAAUUGUUUCGUGGUUGAGGGAAAUGCCUCGACGGAAACUGGCUCAGUCCACGACCGUUGUCGAAGAUGAGGAAGAGACGGCAAGACCGGGGACGUCUAAAGGGGCGUAUCAACCGGACGAACCUCCGCCAAAAAGAGGUAGCAGCCGACGCAUUCAACCUCAGUGGUCAGCCUCAACAAGUUGCCCGGUUUGUGGAGUGACCAUUCGACUGUCUGAAGCUGCCGCCCAUUUCGAAACAGAGGUGAAUCGACUGGAUGAGGUAGCCUCAUCACGUUCUGUCAGACGAGCAGGGACUAAUGCCAGUGAUAGACAACAUUUGAACUCCCAGGAGACCCGAGAACAGCGUCGAUUACAAUGGAAAAAGGUUCGAAAAAAUCGUAGUAGCCGACUAACUGCGCGCACUGGGCCGUUUCAUCUUCGACGUAGACUGACCGGCGUUAAUCCGCCAGGUGUUAACUGUCCUGUGUGCUAUGCCCCCCUCGAUCAUUUGGAUAACGGUGAUGAAAGAACUCGACAUGUUGAUUUGUGCCUCGCUGAAUCGAAUGAGGUGACCACCGGAGCGGACGGUGACGCCGCGGACGUUGACAUUGAAGGCCCCAGUGAUGAGAGUGAAGCAGGUACAGAUACUGACGUUGGGUCAGCUGGGUUUGACGAAUAUGAAUGGGCCGGCCAAACCCGGGUCAGGGCUCAUGCCGCCCUUUCAAAUAUCAUACCAAGAUCGAAUAGAACUGGUCAGGAAGAGGAUAUUGGAGACCUUGACGUAGACGGAGACGAAGAGGCAAUAUUUGGGGAAUCUCAAUUUACCGAAGCUGACCUUAUUCCAACGUCAAGCGACAAUUCCACGCAGCUGAUACGGGAAGCAAUGGUGCGAACGGCUGGUGCUAACGAUGGAACGCCCACUGGGCUGCCGUCAAAAUGGGGCACAAUUGAUGACCUAAGUAAGACGAGUCAACUUGAUUCAUCACCGUACGAAGGAGAAGAAGCAGACUCAACUGGAGAAAGGACGGAGUCUCUUGAUGGACGGAAACCAUUUGUAAAGAAAAGUAAUGGGUUAUCAAAGUCGUCGCUGGUCAUCGACUGUCUGAAGGAACGUAUCCGUGAACUUGAGAAAAAGGUGGCAACUUCAGAAAGAUCGCGAUGCCUAGUAUGCUUACAGCCAUUUGCCAGUCCACUUGUUAGCAUCAUCUGCUGGCAUGUCUAUUGCCAGGAUUGUUGGCUUAAAACACUUAGCUGUAAAAAACUGUGCCCGUUAUGUAGUAUGAUUACGUCACCCGGAGACCUUCGUCGAAUCUACUUGUAACGAUAACGAGUCCAUGAUUGACUUGACAGACAGCUUUGAAUACAUUUAGUGUUCAUAUAUCACCUAUUUAUAAUUCGGUUGCGAUUACGGUAAAAGUACAUUUGUAAAGUGUCGAGAAGCAACGACGGAAUACGUUGCUGAUUAUUGCUACCGCAUAAUGGUGAAUCAGUUAGUAUGGUAACAACGCAUCUGUACAUUAAAAGCGAACAGACUCAUUGUAUUUAUAAUCAUUCAUCAUAAUUUAUUUAACCAUUCCUGUACGAACGACGGACUAGUACCAUUGGUCAUGCUUUUAUGUUGAGUGAUGUGAGCAGGAUGGUCGAGGAAUGAAAGUGCCGAACUAAAUAAAGACCAAUAUCGGAUACAUCACUCUAUAUAUAUAUAUAUAUAUAUAUAUAUAUAUAUAUAU